AUGGCCAGCCGAAAAACCAAGAAGCCAAAGAAGCGAGCGCAACGAGCCACCUCCAAUGUCUUCGCCAUGUUCGGCCAGGACCAGAUCCAGGAGUUCAAAGAAGCCUUCACCAUGAUUGACCAAAACCGGGAUGGCUUCGUCGACAAAGACGAUCUUCACGAUAUGCUUGCAUCUCUCGGCAAAGACCCAACUGAUGAUUACCUGGAAAAAAUGAUGGCUGAAGCGCCAGGGCCGAUCAAUUUCACAAUGUUCUUGACGAUGUUUGGCGAAAAGCUUAACGGAACUGAUCCCGAGGAUGUGAUACGCAACGCCUUUGCAUGCUUCGACGACAACAACUCAGGAAAACUAAGCGAGGAAUAUCUGCGAGAGUUGCUAAUGACGACGGGCGACCGCUACACCGAAGACCAGGUGGACGAGCUUUUACGAGAAGCGCCGAUCGACGCCAACGGCGACUUCGAUUACAUUGAGUUCGUCAAAAUCCUAAAACACGGCAAAGUGGACCCAGACGCGAAUAAAUUGGAGAUGGUCAAGCUCGAAUGA